GGUAUAAAAUUGAGAACCACUGUACAGAGAGAAAACAGUUGCGCGUUUAAAACCUUAAAGUACGUGGUGGAGGGUGUCGAAAUUGCGCGCGUACUGAGUGCGUGAUACGCAUGCGGAUCGAAAUACAGAAAUUAAGAUAAUAGAAGAUUGUAGAAGUUAAAAUAACCUUUAUCUUCCCCGGUAGCCGAGUGACAAAUAAAUACUAUUUAAUGAACUGAUUUCUUAGAUUUUGACGUACAAAAAGAAGCGUUUAAUAUGAAUACAUUGUUAUUAAUAUAAAAGGAUUUAACGUGAUUUAAUAAAUAUUGAAUAUGCGUAAAUGAUCGACACUAGUUUCUACAAAUGGAACAUACGACAGAGACGAAAUUCUCAGAUUAUCUAAUUGAGAAACGAUUCAAGAAGUUAGAACGAGCUUUGAAGAUUGCCACGCUCAGAAAAGGGCAUACACAAGAAGGAGACGAAUCAUGGGCUUUACCCAUGUCACCGAGUAUUUCCAGUAUCAAUGCGGAUGCAUUCGAUUCUGGUAUUAAUGUUCCAUGUUUACAAGCUUCCAAAACUGGUAGCGAGGUUAUCUCUUCGUGUAAGAACUUCAGAAAUAUGGUGUUGGAAAAGAAAGAUAUAAGAAAUAAUCGUUCAAAUAUUUGCACAUCAAGCGUAAAAAAAUUUAGUAAUACAAAUGAUUCUGAGAAAGAUUAUUUUAUGAAGCCACCGCUUAAUUUUAAACCGCCUUCUUGUGCUUCUAAGAAAUUAAAUAGCACAUCGGUAUCCAAUACUGCUAGAACUAUAUCAACGUUUCAAGAUAAUUCGUCUGAUGUUGAUAAACAAUCCCCUAAAAGAAAUAUUCUUGGUUCUUUACAAAUUAGUUCUAACGAAAUAAUACAAAAUAGAAAAGUUAGAGUCUUUUCUCAAUGGAAAGUUGCUUUAAAUGAACAAGGCCAACUGAUCAUUCAAGGAAUAAUAGAUCGUAGACAAAUUGCUAGAAGCAAACCUAUUCUAAGGAGGUUGACAUCAAGAGAAGUGCAGUCUGUAUUCAAACAUAUUUAUCAAUUAAAAGGAGACAUUGUUGACGAAGGGAAUGAAUUACCGGAUUAUAUUCGAGGCAAAUUUUGCAAUGGAUUCCCUGAUGACUGGGAAAACGUCCAUCAGAUUUGGCGGACAUUUGUGCACGAAGGAUUUAAACCAACAUUUCGUUGGCCUACACCUCUUGCAGAUAGCGACGAUGAUUUAAGGAGUGAAGUAACGGACAUCACGUAUACAGGAAGCAUGCAUAUGUCACACGUAGACUCUGUCUUGGAAACAAACAAGAGCAAUGAAUAUUUUAAAUCACCGACUCGUAGAAUGAAUAAUUCGUUCACACAAACAUGUAUGUCUGAUGUAAUUGAAAAUAAUCAGCAAAACUAUUUUGAUGAGGAACAUCAGAAGCAAUUGACAAAUGCAGUUGCAAAGUGUUCUUAUAACGAUAACAAGACAAAUAAAUUGAAGGAUAAAUUAAAUAUUAUUGUCAACAAUUUAACAGAUAGGAACUGUCCUCAAGAAUUUGUUACUAAAAUCGUUGAAAUAUUUGACUGUUUAAGUUACGUUGUAUCGUAUGGAUCAGUUAAAGAGAAUGAAUCCAAUAUGGAAACUUCAACGUCGGUACAAGAUAAAGGUAUUAUUCAAGAACAAGAGAACAACACAUGUACUGAACCAUUUUCUUCAGACAGUGUUAUUGAUUGUAAUAAGAGUAAGUGUAAAAAUACUACUACACUUCAAAAUCGAAAAUAUCCUGAAACUACGGAACACAUAAUCACUAAAAAUAAAUCUACUGCAUGUAACGAGUUACCAAAGGCGAAAACGCCUAUCAAAAUGAAUAGCCGCGAAGAUAAGGAUACUUCCGACAGUGAGAGUGAAAUUUAUGCCGGAGUCCCAAAAAUAUCAGCGCAACGAAUAUUGCAACAAAGAGAAACAUUCGUGAAGCCUUACAAACGUAAAUCGAGAACGAGGGUUUCACAACAAAGGUGUGAUAUCGUGGAAAAGGAACACGCUUCGAAUGUACCAUUAGUAACCCCCAAAAAUUUUAAUUACACGUAUGCUUAUGACUCCAGCGUUAGUAUUAUCGGCGAUGUAGUAGAAUCUCCAAAUAACAAGGAUAUUGCUAAUUAUGAUGUAGAAGGCAGUAUUUGUAAGAAUGUUAAUCCCGGUAAAACACCAAGGAAACAACAAGAAGGGUCAAAUGUUUUUUCAAAAGAAAUAAGUGCUCGUGGAAUGCAGGAACAUUCCAGUCGAGUAAAUUCAACAUCUAUCUAUAGACCGUCGGAAAACUUGUCCGAUUCUUUCGGUAUUAAUAAAAGCAAUGUACAGAAAAUGAACAGAACAUCAGAAAACAAGAAAGAAAUGACAGAAACAAGCGUUCAGAAUGGAACUCCUGGAAAACAUGUUUACAAUGCGAUUAAUGAGCAUCAGCAGGAAGUAUCUAACGAACAGUUCAAAGAACCUUCGUCUUAUCAACUCAAAGAUGUUACUAAUAACAUUUCAAAGCCUGUUGUGAUUAGUUCAGUGCCGGUUAAUGUAACCUCAAUGCAUACAGAAGUGAAACAAGUCAAGGAUACAAAUAGAAAUAUUAAAAAAGCUGAGAAAGAAGCACGCUUGGUCGAGGAAACGUCUCCUUUGAAAACACCCAACGCUUUCAGAGACAUUAAUUCAGUGUCGUUAAUCGAUGACAAUCAAGAAGAACUAGAGGAAUCAAAAAAGUCGUUACAGGAGGAUCGUAUUUGUGAUGAUAAACCUAAUGAAGAUGAUACCAAAGUUAACAUGUUAUCUGGUUGGACACCAAAUGUCAUAUGCGAUCCUGCAUUGUGUUUAAUUUUCGAGGGUAGAUUAGUGAACGAUGCUGGCCACAUUGUUGAUAGAAAAUUCAGAACAGACGCCGUACUUCGUCGAGUGUCCCAAAAAUUGGUCGAGACAGUAAGCCAUAAAUUUUAUCAGCUAGUCGGCGAUUUGAAUGAUAUCAAGCAUGUGAUACCUAAAUCAUUGAUAAACCAAUGUCGCAAAGGUUGUCCUACAAGAAUAGAACAGUUUUGUAAGAUCUGGAAAUCGUUGAAGGACAAUGAACAGAACUCGUCGAACCUUGAUCGUUCGGUUGACGACAUGAAUAUUCGCAUAAGCUCGAAAGGCAGAAGAAUUGUACCCGCGUUACAUUAUUGGACUGGUGAGCGUGUCAUUCUUAAAAAUGAUAAUCCAGUGUACAUUCCGGGUUCUCCGCAAGAUUCUCUAGAGUCUAUAAAUAAAAGUCUUAAUAAAGCUAAAGGUAAAAAAACGAAGAAAGGAGAAAGUAAUUCAAAGAAACGCAGUUUGGAGGAAUUAAAGAAUUCUAGUGCGAACUCGGCGAACAGAUCAAGUAAUAACAGAAGCACAGAAAAUACAAGACAAGUUGAAAACACUACUCGCAAAGGUGGGGAAAGGAAAAAGAUAAAAAGAAUAGUAGAAGGGUCAGAUUCCAGCGAUUCCAGUGAUUGUAAAAAAUCGCCAGCAAAGAAGAGACAAAAAUUUAACUCGAACCCACAGGAACCUUUUAACUCUACUCGUACAAUAAAUAAAUUCGAUGGGAAAGUAGUAGUAAAUGGAGAAAAUUCGCGUAAACAUCAGUUGGACGACGGAGAAACGAAACUAAUAUCGAGCUCAACUAAGUUGAAAACAAGGUCGAGUGGUAAAUUGAGUGCACAAGUCGGCGAUAAACAAACGCCCACGAAUCAGUACGCACCUCCAACUGAGAAUUGUUACACGGAAGAAUGUUUGUAUUAUAAAAAUUUUCGACAAAUGGAUGACACGUUAUCCGAGGAUCAAGAAUCUCAUGUAUAAUAGUCGUACGUUCAUGAAUAUCCGUUUAUACAUAUCAUUUGUUUUAUAAUUAUCAUUGACGUAAUCUGAUGCUCUAUAAUUUCGCUAGAUUUUUAAAAUAAAACAUAUAAACAAAGAGGGAUGAUUAUAUUUUAUUCGAGGUCAAUGUAUAUAUACGUCUAUCGAAAUGAUUACAACGCAAAGUAUUUUGUAGUCUAUUUUAUUGUUUAAUAAUGUGAUUUAACAACUGUAUAAAGCGCGUAAGAAAUAUAUUCCAUUCCUAAGCCAAUAACAUAAGAAAUGUACAAUAACUUAGUAUCAGUAAAGUUAAAAUCGAGAGAGAGAGGAAUCGAGUUACAUAUACCAAAGCAUAAGUCCUGGUAUGCGGUAGUACGG